ACAAAAGUUUAAUAUAUUGAAAUGUUUGUUUGUCCAUGCAGGAAACAUCAUCUCUAUACUCACCUUUACUUCUCCCAUGUGAGUGUAACCUUGCUUAUACAUGAUCGAAAAACAGAAUGAAGUUUCAGCCAGUUAACUAACAUACUGAUCUUUUAACGUUACAGAGCGCAGUUUAGGCAGAUUGUGAAGAGAAAGUCUGCGGAAAACUACAAUGGAACGCCAUAUGUAGCAACGUUAUUGAGUUGUUCUUUGUGGAUCUUGUAUGGCUCACUUGACCCCGACGAUGGUCUCCUUAUUGUCACAGUUAACACCGCUGGCGCAACCAUGCAAGCCCUCUACCUUGUUUUAUUACUCAUCUAUACCACCAAGGAAAAAAGGGUUCAAUACUUCGGAUUCGUGAUAUUGGACAUUGUGUUUUUUGGAAUUGUCUUGGCUUUCACACUCGUUGCGUUUAAAGAAAGCUCACGACGUACAUUCACAGGAGUUUUGUGUGCAACUUUCACGACAAUUAUGUAUGUUGCACCUCUCGCUGCACUGAGAACCACAAUCAAGACCAAGAGUGUGGAGUAUAUGCCAAUUCUCCUUGUGUCCUCUCUCUUCCUCAAUGGGUGUGUUUGGUUGACUUUUGCUUUGUUGGUCACAGAUAUUUUUGUCCUUGUGCCAAAUGCAUUAGGGAUAUUACUGGGAACCAUACAAUUCCUUGUUUAUUUAAAAUUCAAAAACUCAACACCUGAGGCAGGCGAGUUGGGAAAAGGCUCUUAUGAAAAGCAAAUCGAAACUAGUGUCAUUGAUAUUCAAGACUCGAAUGUGAAAUCAAAUAAUGUAAGUACCCAAAAUCGUACCUUGACUCGACUAGACGCAUUCCCAGUUAUAAGGUCACCAUCCCUUAGCCCGAAUCGAUCACCCUCUAAUCAACAGCAUGAAGAUGACACUGAACAGUGGUGUGAAUUAAAGGUCUAGUGUUUUUUUUCUGUCAAGUUGUGGUUCUUUUUUCUAUGGCCUUGUGCCAUAAUGUAAAAAGUUGAUAUUGUUAU